UCCCAGUGCAAACCUGGAAGGCUGGAACGGAGCAAGCUGCACGCCCCCUUCUCCCCUCGGCCAAAACCAACAGUCAGAAGCGCUCUUAUUACAACGCUGGCACUAGCAUUGCUCAUUCAUUCAGGCUGAGGCGCUCGGAGCAUUUAUUAGGGGCUCUCUGCAACUCACUCUCAGUCUUGUCUCUGCUGAAGUCUAAGACAGACUUUAGCACCAGACAGCUCAGCUAUCCUCAACUAGCAGCCAGAGAAUGCUGCCCCAAGAAAUACUUUCUGUGCUUACACUGUUCUGUGUUUUCAGGGCUUCUAUUUCUGUUCUGGAUGAAGAUGAUGACUACGAUCUCAUGUAUGUGAAUCUGGAUAACGAAAUUGAAGGUCCAGUUCUUGGUACUGAGGACUCUGUUUCGUGUGACUGCCAGCGAGAGCACACCGAGUGGGACAAGCUCUUCAUCAUGCUUGAGAACUCGCAGAUGAAAGAGAACAUGAUGUUGCAGACGAUGGAUGAGAUCCUGAAGGUGGACCUGCAGACCCUGAAUGCAGAGCUGAGCGAGCUCACUGCCAGCCUUGCUGGCACCUUUGCCGCCGCGAUCGAGAAAGUCACUUCCCACAUUGUGUCACAGCUAGAGCAAGUGCUUGUGAGGAACAGCGACCAGGCUGAAGAAGCCAAGAGGCUUCAUGAGUCCGAGCAAGGCAAGGUUCUCGAGCACAUUCUGCUGCUGAGCCACAACAUGUCUGGCAGGCUCAGUCAGCUGGAGAGCACUUGCUGGAGGAGGUCUAAAGCAGAGGCUCAGGAGACCACUCUUCAGCAGGAUAAAUCCAUUCCCACCAGAGGAUACAAUCUCAUUUUGAACUCUCUGUUGAAAGAGCUGCAGCAAACCAGAGCGGAACUGAAGGCAUCGCAGAAAUGGGCAGCUCAGCACUUACUGCCAGCAGGGUGUGAAACGGCAAUUUUAUUCCCCAUGCGUUCAAAAAAGAUAUUUGGGAGUGUUCAUCCAGCUGCUGGAAUGACCCUUCACUCCUUUACUGCCUGUAUCUGGAUCAAGGUGACUGAGGCUUUGGACAAAACUAUUAUCUUCUCCUACGGAACAAAGUUCAAUCCAUAUGAAAUCCAGCUUUAUCUCAGCCAGGAGUCUGCAGUGCUUGUUGUUGGUGGUGAUCAGCACAAGUUAGCUGUCAAAAAUGUGGUAGUUCCUGGGAAGUGGAUCCAUCUCUGUGGUACCUGGAGCUCGGAGAACGGAUCUGCAUCUCUGUGGGUGAAGGGAGAGCUUGCAGCCGCUGCCUCAGAUAUUGCCAAUGCUCAUUUCAUUCCAGAUGGAGGGAUUUUGCAGAUUGGUCAAGAAAAGAAUGGCUGCUGCAUUGGAGGUGGAUUUGAUGAAGCUCUAGCCUUCUCCGGAAAAUUAACUGGCUUUAAUAUGUGGGACAGAGUGCUCAGUGCCGAUGAGAUAGCAGCCCAGAGUGGAGAAGAUGCGUGCAGUAUCAGGGGCAACAUCGUUGGGUGGGGAGUCACAGAAGUUUUACCAUACGGAGGAGCCCAGUACGUUUCUUAAAUUCCGGCAAGGCAGUUUCUGAAGCAGAGAACGUAUUUCAUGAAGAGCUGAAUGCCAACACAAACAAGGAAACAGAGUCGUAGGAGCCCACGUCUCUCGAAUUCCCAAGGAAGAUUAGCAACACAAGUUUACAAAAUGAGGUACUGUGGAGACGGGAUUUGAUCUCUGCCUGCUGUUUUGGCAAAACACUGAAAACCACACACAUCAAGGUGUGACAUUGGAAAAACUGUUCCUGAGAGGUCAAAUGGCCGCUGUCUCUAUAGCACAGUGUUUUCUGAUAUAUAAAAGUACCACUGUGGAUGUUUCAGGGCUCUUAGCAUCCCUGCUGAAGCAGAUAUAUUGGGUACCUGGUUGAACAGUCUCUGCAUUACAGAUAUACAGCUGCACAUCUUCCCAGCUCCUCCAGUCAUUGUUUUUUACAGUGCUAAUGUGAAUUGUGCAGAGGAACCAUAUAAGCCAAGAAAAGCGGUGUUUAUUAAUCGUUUUUAGUAAUUUGUAGAUUAUAACAAAAGUAGCUCCUUCUUUAAAGCAUUAUUUAUGCCACGGAUUGACCUAACAUAUAAAAGUAAUAUUCCCCAUCAUAACCUGAUAUUAUAUGUUGAGAAAGUGCAUUUGUAUUAUAUUGUAAAUUUACUUGCUAAUAAUUUUAUUG